AUGAUCUUGAAGCAGCUGAUCUUGAUGAAGAUAGAGUUGUUGGGUGAGACAUUCUCUGACUUUGCCGCGGAGUUUAUUGUAUAUAAGCUGAAAGAAAUGGGGAAGAUUGAUGAGAAAGAUAUAGCUGGGAUCAUGGAAGAGUUUGAGCAACUCGAUUACGAUGAAUCUGGAAACCUGACGAAUUCUGACAUUGUUCUAGCUCAGACCACGUCUCAGAUCCAAAGGUAA